GGGAUGCCAAUUAAUUGUCAUACAUGACAGUCUGUAAAGAAAAUAAUUCAGCGCAGACAUAUUUGAGCAAAUAGUCAACAAAUACAUAUAAAUGUCUUAGUUUUCCCUCACUAUAAUAGAACGAGAUUUUCAUUGAGAUUUAUACGCAAUUAAAGAUGAAAUCUUAUGUGCAAGAAAUCUGUAGAGAGAUUGUCAAGCCUUCAAGCGAAACUCCGCAUCACCUCAGAACGCUGAGACUUUCAUACCUUGAUCAAUUAGUACCCUCUUUCUAUGUUCCUCUUCUCUUCUUCUACAAAGCUGAUGAACUGAGAGGCCUGACUACCUUUAACCAUGGCCAAAUAUCUCAGAAGCUCAAACAGUCCCUGUCGAGCACCUUAACCUCAUUCCAUCCAUUAGCAGGAAGCAUUAAAGAUAAUACCAUUGUUGACUCCAAUGAUUCCGGUGUUGAGUUCGUUGAAGCCCGUGUUAACACUCAGCUGAUGGCAGCCAUACGAGAGCUGGAUACGGAAAAUUUGAAGCAGUACCUUCCAGUGGAUCCUACUUCUGGCGAAGAAAGAACCCUUAUGGUCGUGCAAGUCACUUUCUUCAAUUGUGGAGGAAUUGCUAUCGGAGUGUGCAUGCCGCAUCAAGUAGCCGACUUUGCGUCUAUAAUGGCGUUCAUCAAUACAUGGGCAGCCACAUGCAGAGGAGAAGCUGAACAUCCUUCUGUCAGUUUCAAUUUGGCUAGCUAUUUCCCACCAAGGGACUUUCCGGAAUCUGACUUCUGGCAGUCUUCCAGUGCUACAAAUGAGAAGUUCGUGACGAAGAGGUUUGUAUUCGAUGAGAAGAAACUGGGAGUACUGCUUGAAUCUGCUGCUAGCUCUGUGAAGAAUCCCACCCGGGUGGAAGUCGUCUCAGCUUUUAUCUGGAAACAGUUCAGAAAGAUGGAACCAGGAAAGACUUUUGCUGCAGGGCAUGCAGUGAACCUGAGGCCAAGAACAAGGCCAUCUCACCUUCUGGAAAAUGUUUCUGGGAAUUGCUUCGUGUUAAAAUUUGCAUUCGCCAAAACUGGUAAAUAUGAAGGUGUUGAUGAAUUUCAUGAUCUCGUAAGCGAAUUGAGAAGCACGAUUAGAACAGUCAACGACGAGUACAUACAGAAAUCACAAGGUACUGGAGAAAGUAGUUACCUGAAGGAUCUUUUCUUCACAUCUCCUCUAGUUUUGAAGGGAGACUUGGAAUUGUGUGGCUUCAGCAGUUGGUGUGGGUUUCCUGUGUAUAAAGUGGAUUAUGGCUGGGGAUGCCCAUUCUGGUUUUGCACCACAGCGUUGGCGGCAAAAAAUUCCACAGUUUUGGUGGAUAGCAAAGAUGGGCGUGGCAUAGAGGCAUGGGUUAACGUGAAAAGGGACAACGUGGAAAUGCUUGAAACUCAAGUUAAUCUCCUUUCCAGUUUUGAAAGUUGUAUCCAAUCCUAGACAAAUUCAGGCUCUGAAACGUUUGUCUGAAAGCCCCUGUACGUAAAACAGCUGUCUUCCACUUGUUUCAACGUCUUAAUGUUGCAGAAAAAAACCAAUUAAUUAAUUAUAUAA